UCGUGAGAAUCGGAGACAGGAAUCCGUCAUUUUUGGGUUCUGCUUCCGAUUUUUUUUAGCAAUGGCGGACGAAUCGGAGAGUAAGCAAUCGACGGUGGAGUCGGUGAUGGAGAAGAUCAGCGAGAAGAUUCACGGCCACGAUUCAUCCUCGGAUUCGGAUUCGGAUCACAAGAAACCGGGUUCCGCUUCUACCGUCCAGUCUAAGAUUUUUCGGUUGUUUGGAAGAGAGAGACCAGUUCAUCAUGUGCUUGGUGGUGGUAAACCUGCUGAUGUAUUCUUGUGGAGGAACAAGAAGAUUUCAGCUGGUGUGCUUGGUGGAGCAACUGCAAUUUGGGUCCUUUUUGAACUGAUUGAAUACCACCUACUUACUUUAAUAUGCCACAUCUCGAUACUCUGUCUUGCACUAUUGUUCUUGUGGUCCAGUGUUCGUACCUUCAUCCACAAGACCCCACCUCGCAUCCCCGAAGUUCAUUUACCAGAGGAACCAUUUGUCCAAGUUGCCUCAGCUCUGACUAUCGAGUUUAACCGUGCAUUAAAGCUGCUACGCGAUAUUGCAUCCGGAAGUAAUCUGAAGGAGUUUCUUAUGGUUAUAGCUGCAUGCUGGGUUCUGUCAAUCGUGGGGAGUUGGUGCCACUUUUUGACCUUGUUCUAUAUAUCUUUUGUGUUGCUGCAUACGGUGCCAGUUUUAUAUGAGAAGUACGAGGAGAAGGUUGAUCCAUUUGUAGAGAAGGCUAUGAUUGAGAUUAAAAAGCAAUAUGGAGUUUUUGAUGCCAAGGUUUUGAGUAAAAUUCCGAAGGGUCCUUUAAAGACCAAGAAUGUUUAGGCAAACGUUACUCAAACAAACG